AUGCGCCCCGUGGCCUACGCCAACACAGGGACGGUUCCCGUUGUUAGCCACUACAUCUCGUACCCUUUGGAGACGGCCUUUAACAUAAGUGCCCCGAAAACUACCCCCUCGCCUGGUCCAGUGUGCACUAGCAAGUAUGCGGAGGAGGUGCCUGGGCUCGGCUUUCAUGCCGAUGCCAGCCCAAGCCUCACCGCUGUGACUGGUGCCUCUCACGGCAAGCAAGCGCCAGUGCCUAAGUACGGGUACACCACCUCGUAUAUGAACCCUCCAGAGGACUUUCCCUAUGCCAGUGAACCAUACGCAAGAGGUGGUGGCGCUAGGAAACUCACUGAGCCACAUUCGUUGGUGAAGGUGCCAGAACCAGGUACACAGCACCGUGGCAAUUUAAAGAGCGAACCGUUUCAACCCAGAGCCACAACGUCUCCCGCUGUUAUAGAAUUCCGUGAAACUGCCACAACUCCCCAGCAGGACCUGAAGCAGGAAGUCAAGCGCCUUCAGGCUCUACUCAACGCGCGAGAGAACCAACUGGAUUUGAAGGAAGCAGAGCUCCAAGAUGCACUCUCAAAGUUGCAAGAUCAGAGCCAACAAGGAGAACAUGAAAGGCAGUCGGAGGAUGCGAGCAAUGAUAAAACUGCUCUACAGGAGAAAGAUGCGGAGCUCAAGACCAUGCGGAAGAGAAUCGAAGUGCUACGCCGUGAACGACAAGAUUUGAUGGAAUUACUUCUCCAAAAGGAGCGACAGACGGCUGUACUUGAUACUGUUGAUCCGUCAGCGAAGGAAGCGUCUGCUCUCCAACUAGGUGUCCAGGCAAUUACAAUGGUUCAAGGGGCUUCUGAGCUGCGGGGGAAGCUAGAAUUGGCAGAGGCGGAGAUUAAGAAACUACGCGCAGACCGAGAGGCAGCCGAAGAGCUGCAGCACGAUACGUUUGAGAAGCUCACGGAUAAGCGCAAGGAAGCAGCAGAGCUUCUUGAGCUGCUCUCGCAGCGCGACAUGAAAGUAGCGCGCGUCGAGGCGUACUUACAGCAGAAGUCAAGGGAACUUGAAGUCCUGGCAGCACGCUCAAAAGAACGUUUGAAAAAGGAACAGAGCAGGAGGGAAGAGGCUGAGCAAGAGUAUCGUAUAGCGGCCGAACAAUGCAAUGUGUUCAAAGCCACUUUAGCAAACAGGGAUGAAAAGCUUAUGCAGCUGCAGGCAGAAGUGGUGCGUCGGGACACAUUAUUGAAGCAAUCGGAGGAACGAGUGCGUGUUUUGAGAGACGACCUUACAGGGGCCCACUCACAGCUGCAACAGAUGCUAAAGGCCAUGGCUGCCAAAGAUGCCUACAUGCAAGAGCUCGAGACACAGCUUCGGAAGAAUGACACUGAGCGGCAGCUUGCUUAUUUGACGGAAGUCUCGAAGAGCCGUAAACUAGCCCUCGACACACGUAUGCAACAGGAACUGUGUAGGGCCGCUCUAAAUGACAAGCGCGAGAAGUUGGCAGCAGCAAAGCAAGACCUGUUUCGGAGUGAGUCGGCGAUGGAGAGGAUUCGCAAAGCAAUUGGAGCCGCUCAGGCAACAGAGAAUUGCUAUGUGCGAUCGGAAGCCCUGCAGUCACCCGAGCAGCAUAGUCACCAAAGCGCGCCUUUGCACCCCCCUGCAGCAGUUAGUGGCAUCCCAUCAGUUCCUGUAGAGCACAGCCUACGCACCAUGGACGCCGACUUCGUCGCUUGCCAAUAUUCGCCUCCACAGAAUUCCCGAUUUGCAUCUUCAACUCAACUGCAUGGGGCACCGAUGAACCCUUCAAGUUCUAAAGAGUUCCAGUUUACCUCAAAGCCACCCCCAUCUACUAACAAGCCCAUGUCGUCGUCGGCAUCGAGAACCUCUACGGCAGGCUACGGCCCACUGUCCGAGCAUUUCUGCCCACCCUAUUCCGCUGUUCAAGGGGAUCCGCUCGACGAAGCGGUCGCCCAUGUGUGUGAACGUCCAGAAUAUCGAUCUCUGGCUGCUCAUAUUUGCAGGCUUGGACCGGGUUCGUAUCUCUGUUGCAUGAAUGAGGUUGUAAUGGAGCUCCAGCCAGAUGGCAAUAUCAUGGUCGUGCAGUCUGGCGGGGAAGGAAUACCCAUAAGAGCUUACCUAGACACGUUGCGAUCUACUGUUGAGGCAGGCACUCGACCACCGGCUUUAGCGCCUUCUGCACUGGAUGCUGCAAAGGCUACAGGCCAUUCAAAGGCGGAGAACGGAAACUAG